CUCUUUUUUCUUCUUCAACUCAUUUUCUCAGCGGUAAUGUACCACAUUCCUCUUGAAAAAAUAAAAAAAGAAUGACAACCCAAGCAGCGAAAAAUUUCUCAAAAUACUACGAGGAUUGGAUGAGUCAACUUGAAGAGUUGCUCAAACUACUACUAAUCAUUCCAAGGGAAACCUCAUACCUCAAAGAUCACGAAGCCUUAGUGAACAAAAUGACCACACAUCACAAAGAUUACUACACAGCCAAAUGGGCAGCAGCACAUGAAGAUAUCUUAGCAUUUUUUGCACCAAUGUGGCUGAGCCCUUUAGAAAAUGCAUACUUAUGGGUCACUGGAUGUAAGCCCUCAAUGAUCUUCCGGCUAGUCGGUGUGGCUCUUAACCAGUUGAGUGAUGAGCAGUUGAAAAAUGUUGAAGCUUUGAGGCUGAAAAUAAGGGGAGAAGAAGAGAAAGUGGAGAGGGAAAUGGAGAGGCAACAGGUGGCAAUGGGAGAUAGAAAAAUGGUGGAGUUGGCAAGGUUGAAAAGCAGUGAUAAUAAUAAUAAUAAUCAGUUGGAUGGGUUAGUUGAGGUGGCGUUGAAAGGGUUAAUGGUGAGUUUAGAGAGGGUUAUGAAAAUGGCUGAUUGUGUUAGGCUUAAGACUUUGAAGGGUUUGUUGGAUAUAUUGAGUCCUACACAGUGUGUGGAUUUCUUGGCUGCUAUUUCUAUGCUUCAAAUUCAGAUGAGGAAAUGGGGAAGAAAGAGAGAGAAGUUUGCAAUUAAGUAAAUUCGAAGUUUUGUAUGGAAAAAUAGAAUUUUUCUUGUGAAAUUUGGUUAGGUUAGCUAGUUUGAGAGUAGAUCGAGGAUAAAUGUGUAUGCAUGGCUUUUUCUUUUUAUUUGAACGGCAUUUUAGCUU